GCACGGGCUCGGGUCACGUGGGUUUCUGCCAACAGGUACAGUAGUGCGUACAGUGGGAGGACGCGUGUUUGUGUGUGGCGAUAUUUUGCAGUCAAAUUAAACGAUUUCAACAUUUUAAGAGUCUCAAGGCACGGGAAAAAACAUCUCACACGUGCAGGCCAUGGCUUGCCGUCUCAUCACCUGGGAUGUAAAGGACACGAUCCUGAGAGUCAGGUACUCGGUGGGGGAGCAGUACGCCCACGCCGCCAGGGAGCUGGGCGUGGGGGAGUUGGACCCCGAGUCCGUGGACCGCGUGUUCUCCCGCACGCACGCGCGCUGGGCUCGGGCUCGCCCGGCCUACGGGGGCGGCCAGGGCCAGACGGCGCCGGCGGCGGCGUCGGCGCCGCCGUCCUCGCAGAGCUGGUGGCACGGCGUGGUGCGAGACACGUUCGCGGGGUGCGGCGUGCGCGAUGACGCGAUGCUGCACCGCCUCGCUCACCGCCUCUACCAAGACUUCUCCCACGAGAAGAACUGGGAGGUGUUCCCGGACGCCCUGCGAGCUCUUCGCCACUUCCACGCCCUCGGGAUGCCCAUGGGCGUCGUCUCCAACUUCGACGGCCGCCUCGACGCCCUCCUCCGCAGCUGCCGCCUCCGUCACUUCUUCCUCUUCGUGCUCACCGCCGACUCGCUCGCCGCCAAGCCCGACCCGCGCGCCUUCCGCGCCGCCCUGGCGGCCGGGGGCGCCGCGGACCCCCGCGUCGCCACCCACGUGGGGGACGACUUCGCCAAGGACUACGCGGCGGCGCGCGCCGUGGGCAUGAGGGCGAGGCUGCUGCUGAGGGGCGGAGCGACGAGGCCCGCCGGAGCCGACCCGGCGCACGUCCUGCGCUCGCUCGACGAGCUGUGCGAGCGCGGGCCGGACGACUAGCGGGGCCCUCCCGCCCCCGCCCCCUCACCCCCCCCCCUCACCCCCCC